UCAUAAUUAAAAUUGUAAAUGCUUCUCCUAUAAUCAAAUUAAAUUACUCAGAAAAAAAAAUGAACGAUUUAUUCUCGGCCGGAUCUUUAUCCCGGUACGGGGACCAAGGUUCCCACAGCAUAGAGAUGACAACCGGCGGUGUCAAUCUCGACCGGUUCUUUAAAGACGUCGAGUCAAUCAAAGAUGAGCUCACAAAUCUCGAAACUCUCCACGCAAAGCUCAACGCCGCACACGAGCAGAGCAAAACCCUCCACAAUGCCGCCGCUAUCAAAGACCUCCGCUCGCAAAUGGAUGCCGACGUGGCCGCCUCCCUAAAAAAAGCCAAGCUCGUCAAGGUCAAACUCGAAGCGCUCGACCGGUCCAACGCCGCCAACCGCAGCGUUCCUGGCUGCGGCCCCGGCAGCUCCUCCGACCGGACGCGCAACUCCGUCGUAAACGGCCUGAGAAAGAAUCUCCACGACGCCAUGAACCGGUUCAACGAUCUACGCCAGAAGAUGGUGUCAGAGUAUAGGGAAACCGUGCAGAGAAUAUACUACACAGUCACCGGAGAAAACCCCGACGAGAAAGUACUAGACAGGCUGAUCGAGACUGGGAAGAGCGAGAAUCUUCUGCAGAAGGCGAUACAGGAGCAAGGGAGGGGGAUGGAUACUGUAAUGGAGAUUCAAGAAAGGCACGAUGCAGUGAAGGAGAUGGAGAAGAAUCUGAUGAAGCUGCAUCAGGUUUUCUUGGAUAUGGCGGUUUUGGUGCAGAGCCAGGGUGAACAGCUGAAUGACAUUGAAGGACAUGUUUUGAAAGCUAAACCAUUUAUUAAAGAUGGGACUGAGAAGCUUCAGACUGCCAAGAAUUCAAAGAAAUGUUUUGGUUUGUGCGUGUGCUUGUUCUUAUUUUGAUUCUUCUUCUUUUUCUUUCUCUUCAGCCAUGGAAGAAAUGAA